AUGACCGAACACUGGUGUACAGAUUACGAUCGUUUAUUUCUUUUUAAUGCAACCGAUGAAACAGUACCCAUUUUUAAGGGUGGCGAAACAGCAAAAAAUCCUCUUGGACAAAAUAAACCCAUUGUAUUUUUAAGAUUUAAACAAUUAACAGCAACAAAUCGUAUUGGGUUUUUAAAUCCUAUGGAAUGUAUUAAAGUAACCUUGGUAUGUAUGCCAAAAAUAAGAAACAAAAACUCUUACUUUAUAUACUAAAACUAUAUAUUUUUUUAGAAAAAUUUCAACAAUGUGGGUUUCCUACAUAAAAUAACCUACACACAAUACUUGAAAGCGUAUAAACUAAACGAUCCACGUGACAAAUUUCAAGUAUUCCAUAUAAGGUAAACGACUUUUUCACUUUGUUUAUACGUAUGUAUUACAUUCCGUAUAAGGUAAACGACUUUUUCACUUUGUUUAUACGUAUGGAUUACCACAGGACGAGCGGUAUGCUACGGGGUAUGUACACACCCGUGCUUAAAUUUGACCCGCCUAUUACAAUCAGACUAAAUGUUAAUUCGUUUAUUAAACUAAACACGAUGGUGCAUACAGAAGGAUGAAAAUACAUCUCGGUUGAAGACAAACUAAGAAUGUAUUUUCACAACAACACAAACACAACGUUGAAUAUUGUCCUUGUACACAAAUUGGAUGACAACGCGGGUGAAUUUUACCUGGCCAUGACAUUACAAAUAAAAGCGAUCGAUGAACCCAGAUGUAUCGUGACCUUUCAACCUGAAGAAUACAUAUGCAUUAAAACGGUAUCUACCCCCCAAAAAAUUUUACUCUCACACCCUCUCUUUCUAAAUUCAUUCUCUUUCUCUUUACAGAUAUACAACAAAGAAAAAAUAAAUGUAUCAAAAAUUGUUACGAAGAUCACGCGAGAAGAAUAUCAAAAUCGUAUGAACGAGCAAAAUCCUGAAGAAUUUUUUAAAGAUAUUGCAUAA